AUCUAUCCAAGAAAGGACGUAUCUCAUUACCCCAAGCCUAAGCAGCCUGCGAUUCGCAGCCAUUAACAUCUUUCUUUCCAAGUUUGUUCUACGCGCGCGUGAUACACGAGGCAAGAACAUGUCCGCUGACUCGAUUCCGCAUGUCGCUUCGAUGCUACUGUAUGGCGGGUACAUAUAGCAUAGAGUGACCUCUUUGUCUUUUGUUCCAUCACCACAUACUACUCGCACUCGGAUUUCAGUAGAAUAAUCAGCACGAUUAGCGCGCAUUGACUUCCAAGUCAAGCAUCUCACAUCCGUUAUCCGAAUCCGAAUCCGGUUUACGACACUUCUCGCAACUCCUGUCUAUCUGAACUACAUCAUCUUUAUCAUGGACAUCGACAUGAGCCCAGCUACUAGCCCCAUCACCACAAUCUCAAAGUAUGGGCACGAACACAGAGCUCCAGAUUACAUAGAUUUAUGCGACCUGCUCCAAACGAUGUCUCUUUCUCAAAGUCGUUUAUCUAAGGAUCCGGGAAACGCGCUCAUCCCCUAUGCCCCAUCUGCGUAUCAAAGGGUAAACGAACACGCUGCAAGCACACACACAGUAUACGACCAGGCGUACCAUUCCGACGCGUCGGAAUCAUCAAACUCAAGCUUCUGCGACCCACUUCCAACGUCUUCCAUCAUCUCGCCAGUAGUCUCACCCCCCGCAUGCCUCUUCCUCCAAUCCAUCCUCGCUUCGCUCGCCCCAGCCUCCCCCGUGCUCUCACCCUACCCACACCCCUAUCCGCUCCCGAUGCCAUACGAGACCACAGGAGGCGCGUAUCUCGACACGCUGUUCACCCAUCGUGCCCUGUUCGGCGCGUUCCCGCCUGCACACGCGGGCUGCGCUGUUGCGUUGAGCGAGAUAGCGAGGGCGCUGGAGGUGCGAGCGUGGCGUGCGGAUAGGGAUGCAGACGCGGAGGCUAUUGUGGCGUUCAGAUGCGAGGCGCUUAGCGUUGCAUCUAGAAUCACCGUAUAAUUUACAGGGAGACAUUUGCAGCUGGUUUCUGAGAUGGUACUUUGUAAUUGUGUGUUGUUAUGUUACGAUAUCGAGGACUGUAAUACUACUUGAGUCUUGCGAU